AUGGAAGGAGAAAUUGAGUUAUGCGAAGAUUACAAAGACAAAGCAAUCGAACUAACAUCUAAACUAGAAAGACAAAUUGAAAAUUUGAGGGAUAUUCCACAAAAUCACAUAAGAAAAUUCUGCAAUAGUAACUAUCAAUGUAAGCUCUGUGGUUCUUUUUCGCAUAAUUCCUUAAUUUGCGAAGGACAGCAACCCGAUACCGUAACUAAGAAUAUUUCUCCUCCAGUCGAAGAAGGGACUUCUAUCCCCAAAGAAAAUAAUACCGCUUCUACCAUGGUAUCUUUCAGCACCGAACAAAAUAAAAGAAAAAAUAGGGUCCCUAGAUCGGUUUUAUUACAAACAUUUUCAGCUGUGGUGACCGGACGAAGGGGGAGUAGGACGCACCUGCGUUGCAUGUUGGAUUGCGGGGCCAAUAAAUCCUUCAUCUUGAGAGGGGUGGUAGAGGAAUUGGGAUUGAAAACAGUGGGCAGGGAAGUUCUAAUAGCUAUUCACACUUUCGGAAGUAAAACCGCUGAGCGUCGUGCUUACGAUAUAGUGGAGAUUACGUUAAGGAAUGUACAACACCCGACUCGGUGUGUUAAAAUACAAGCGGUUGUUAAUGACUCGAUUACGUCGGCGAAAAUUCAUACUCCAUCGCAGUUUGUUAGAAACAUAGCGUUCAAAAAGGGAAUUGAGUUAGCAGAUGUUAGUACUUCUGAGAGGAUUGAUGUUUUGAUUGGUUCGGAUUAUAUUUCAGAGAUUUUAGGCGAAAGGAAUAUAAGGAUUAGUAAAAGAUUGAUUGCAGCUGAUAGUAUUUUCGGAUAUUUGCUACUGGGAAAGGAGAUGGGAAUUGAUUGUAAGGAGAUAUCUGCUAACCAUUUGAUCGUCGAGGGUGAGGAAUCGAGCUUUGAUAGGGUAAAAGAUUUGUGGUUAUUAGAAACGAUUCGGAUAAAUAUGGAUAAAGAAACAUUUAAAUCUUUUCAACAAAAUACGACGUAUAAAGACAAAAGAUACGAAACUCGUUUGUUAUGGAAGGAGGAUAAUAAGGCAUUGCGCAGUAAUUAUGGAAUUGCGAAACGUCGUUUAUUCGGUUUAAGCAAAACAUUAAGUAAAAACAAAGAAUUAUUUGUUAAAUACGAUGGCAUCAUUAAGGAACACUUAAGAGAAGGUUACACAAAAUUGCAUUUAGUGCAGAUAUUCAGCGCGUUUUUAGAAGUAGGGAUCGCCGAGGAAGAUAGGCAGUUUUUAAAAUUCUUAUGGAUAAAAGAGGAUUGUCCUAAUCCCGGUUUCAGCCCUCACAAUAUUGAAAUAUUCCAAUAUAAAAGAGUCACCUUUGGAGUGAAAUGCAGCCCAUUCUUACUUGCCGCAGUUAUUAAACUGCAUUUAGAAAAAUUCGAAAGUGAAUAUGAAGAAGCAUGUAAAAUGUUGAGCUAUUUGUACGUAGAUGACCUAGCAGCUGGCACGUCAAGCGUUUCCGAAGCUAUAAAAUUGAGCAAAGAAAUGAUUUACAUUCUAAGUCAGGCCAGCAUGAAUCUUCGAAGAUGGGCUACGAACUCCCCAAUUCUAAAUGAAGCUUGGAAACAAGCUAAUGUUGACCGUCGUGAAACAUCCGAAGAAUUAGGUGUGCCAUUAAAAAUUCUUGGACUCAUUUGGGACAAUAUCAACGAUAAAUUUACUAUAGACAUUCAUCAAAUUUCUAAGAUGAAGGACAGUAAUCUUUCGAAGCGUUUGAUUCUGAGCAUCUGUGGGAUGCUGUUUGAUCCAUUGGGGAUGAUAACCCCUUUUACUGUCAGAAUGAAGUUGUUACUUCAGAACACCUGGGAACGGGAGCUGAAAUGGGAUGAACCACUACCACCGGACAUUCAAGAGACAUUUCUGUCAUGGCUGGAUGAGAUAAAAACUAUCCCCCAGAUUUCUUUGCCUCGUCCUUACUUCCUUGAUGCAGAGACUCCAAUGGCUGAAAUUCGCAUUUUCUCCGAUGCAAGCCCAAAGGCUUAUGGUUGUGUGGCCUACUUCAGGAAAGUGACCAACUUGAAGGUGAGCUCCAGUUUCAUAGUGGCGAAAUGCCGCCUAUCUCCAUUGAAAAAAUUGAAUCUGCCCAGACUUGAACUCAUGGGAGCCCUUGUUUCUGCCAGAUUAGCAGAAUACUUAAAACGAGCAUUUCCCUGGAUUACAUCUGACCACAUCUUCUUCUGGUCGGAUUCGCAAAUCAGCCUUCAUUGGAUAAAAGGAGACCCUCUACGAUGGAAGGAGUUUGUGAGAAAUCGCGUACGGGAGAUCCAGGAGAAAACCAAUCGAGACCAGUGGAAUUACUGCAGAGGAAAGACGAACCCCGCAGACAAGUUAACCCGAGGACUGUCUAUCCGAGUGUUAGCGCAAGAUGAUGUUUGGUGGUAUGGUCCAGACUGGUUGUUUAACCCAGAUCUAUGCCUUGACAACACAGUGAGCAGCGAAUUCAACGAAAUUGAAGUAGCAAACGAACUAAAGAAGGACUAUGUUCCAGCGAGCAACCUAGUAAUGACUGUAACCGGAACUAAUUGUGAUGAUUUUCUCGACAAACUUCUCAAAAUCACAAAUGACAAUGUAAAACUGAUUUGUAUUAUUUCAUAUAUUUUUAGAUUUUCAGCUAAUUGCAGGCACCCUCAGUCAAGGACUGCAGGGCCCAUUACGACUGAUGAAAGAAUUCACGCAGAAAACCAAUCAAUCCGAAUGGUUCAACGUGGUAAGUUUAAGGAGGAAAUUAGAGAUUUGAAAGGAGUGUUCAACAAGAAAAUUGGGCACUUUCGUAACUUCACAUCUUCCGUUCAUUAUCGCAUCUUCACAAAACUGGCUGCAGCUGGAAAUGGCUCAAAGUUACUGGUUUAUUUCGAUAGGCGGAUUGAAUAA